AUCGGCGAUCUCCUCCACCUCCACUCCUCUCCGACCUCCCUCCGCCGACCAGAAGCCAUGGCCGCGCCGCGCCGCCCUCGCCUCCUCCCCCUCCUCCUCCUCCUCGCCCUCUCCCUCUCCCUCGCCGCCGCCUCCGCCUUCCAGUCCGACGAGCUGCUCCUCCACGACGACGACGAGUUCGAGGGCGCGGGCGCCCGCCCCACGCCAGGGCCGCCCGCGCCCGCGGCGGCGGCGGUCUCCUCCUCCCGCCGGCGGCCCGGGGACAGCAGCGCGGCGGCGGCGGAGUCCAGCGCCGUGCAGUUCUCGCUCGAGCACGACCUCGGCGCCGGGUUCGUCCCCGCGGGGUCCUUCUCCGCCCGCCUCAAGUCCUCCGCGCACGGCUCCCAGACUCUCACUAAGCUUCGGUUCACAAGGAACGAGUUGACUGGUGAUGAAAAGGAUGCAUUUAAAAAAUUGCUGGAUGAAGAUGGUUUUUAUUCAAUUAGGUUGCUGUCUAAUGUGUUGGAUCCUGCAAGAAAAGACUAUGUUGUUUCCUCAAUCAAAGCUAGAUGCAUACCACGUGAAAGUUUGGAUGAACAUAUUGUUAUCCACAUGGAUGGUGUAAAUAUUUUAGCAGUUAAUUAUGGUUCUGUUGGCGGGUGCACAUAUCCCCGUCCAGUGAAAAUGCCAUCAAAGUGGGUAUUCAAUUCAUACACUGUUCUGAAGACUUCUGAACAAGCACCAAGAACUCCAUCAUUUGUAGAUCAGUUAAUAGAAGCCGAAAAUGGUCUUGGUGAAGUGGUGAAAUCACCUGAGAAGUCUUUCUGGGCUAAAUAUUGGAUGUACAUCAUUCCUCUUGGUCUCAUUGUCAUGAAUGCUGUCACGGCAGCAGCGAACAUGCCGGAGGAGCAAGCUGGAGGGCAGGGCCAACCUGGAGCUCAAAGGGCACCAAAUGCUGCUCCAAGGAGAAGAUGAUAUCUGUGCUGCCUAUUUGGUUUCUAUCUCGCUUGUAGUAAUACGCAGUUGUAUCAUAGCAGUACUUGGUCUGCUUAGAUCCAAAGGCAAUUUGCUAGCUGGUUUUACUAUCUACAGAACUUUUAGCAUUUAGCAACCAGUUGACAGAGUACAAUCAAUGUGCAGUGCAAAAGCUCUAUUAUCAGCUGUCCAUUCUAAGUCAGUUCCUGAGAGUUUACUGCAUCCUUAGCUUAUCAGGUCCUAAGAACUUACUUUUGUUUUCCGCUUUUCCACACUUGUCUUUUGUACCGGCAAUUUACUGCCCGAUUUUAUACUCGUAAACAUGUUACAAUAUUUCAGUGAAGACAUCACUGGUAAUGGCAACAUACAAUUUCACACA